AUGAGCGGCAGCUCGAAUCAGUCAACUCGAACGAGUCCCGGCUCUUUCGGAACAACCCAGCGCACAGAGUCUGUAUCUUCUGGUUCGUCGCCAACUCAACAGCCACUCCACAAGGUAUCCGCGACGACUCAGCAUGCGAUGUCGACCGACGUGUAUAGCCCAACUGUCUCGCAAGCGCCCACAUCUCUAGCACCUACUUUUACAUACCCUUUUUCGCCUCUCGGCUCCUCCAGCUUCGACAACGGAAUGCGCCUCGGUGAUGCCGAUCGCAACCUCCAGGGCCUGAACGGCCUGGGACGCGCGAACAAUGGAGGUGCGAUUUUCAUGCGCAAACUGCCCCGGAAUACAAGCCGUGAAGCCCUUCGCAGUAUGCUACUUUUCGCUAAGGACUUCGUGGAUGCCGAUUUCGUGACCUCCGACUACCCGGAGGACGACGGGUUCCUGAGCGCGAUCGCGCGCUUCAACACUCUGCCUGCGGCUGAAGAGGCCCGUGCUCUUCUCGACGGCAAGCCAAACUCUAAGAACGACGCAAACAUGGUGGUUGAGAUGUACCCUGGUCCGGUCGGAUCCAACCUCUCGAAUGCGCGUCGCAACACGAUCGAUCAUACCGCGGCGCGUGGCUUACUGGGCGGCGUCCCCAAUGGCCACCUUUCGCGUCAGUCAUCUCGUUUCAAUGGCACUUUCCAGAGCCUAGAGAGACUUUCUGCUUCGAAUCCGUCUGGACAAGCGAUCGGCGAAGGAUUGCCCUCCGCAUCCGAGUCGGGAUCGCGUCUCCAUAAUUUGUUCUCUCCACAAUCUCCGAUCGGAAACGGAGUUGGCGAUCUGCCACGCGUGACCGGAAAGUCCAUGAUCGAUGAGGACCCCGACGAGGAGACUGGAGAGCUUCUUAAGGACCCCGUGGGCUACGCGGAGAAUGGACACUCGGCUUCGGUCAAUGUUGGGCGUCGCUCAACCAACCCUCAGAUUCCCACUGGUCGCUUCGGUAGUCUGUCUCUCUCGACAACCAUGUCCUCGCCUCCCUUACCUAAUUACGCAUCUGGAGGUCCUGGCCCUCGUAUGAGUGGAAGUGGCCCGUCGUCUGCCUACCCAAGCAACCAUAGCCAAGGCCAAGGCUUCCCCUACGGUAGCCAACAUACCCCUCGGCAUAGCCUGCCAGCCGCUAAUCCUAACGACCUCAACCCACCUUGCAACACACUCUACGUCGGCAAUCUGCCUCCCGACACUUCUGAAGAAGAGCUUAAGGCGCUUUUCUCCAAGCAGCGCGGAUAUAAGCGACUUUGCUUCCGCAACAAGCAGAACGGUCCCAUGUGUUUCGUGGAGUUUGAUGAAGUGGCGAUGGCAAGCAAGGCUCUGAAUGAACUGUACGGCUAUAAGUUGUCCAACAGCGUGAAGACCGGCAUUCGUCUCAGUUUCUCAAAGAACCCCCUUGGUGUUCGUUCUGGUCAACCUGGCAGCAUGAACCCUGCCAACCCACUCUCUGGGCCGGGUGGUGUUCCAGGUGGGAGCAACCUCAGCGGUGUACCCAACCAUAUGUUCUCAUCAGUGACUGGACCACCUCCAGGCCUCGCAGCACCUCCUGGUCUUGCCAUGCCCAUGCGCAAUGGCAACAACGUCCACUCGCAGGGAAGUCCCCAUCCAAUGAUGAAUAGCUCCCAGUUCAAUCACAACUCCGGCCUGGGAAUUCGAGCCAAUGGAGGCAAUUCAAUGAUGAUGUCGCCACCUCCUCAAGGCGCUGCCAGCAACAAUGCGGGGCCAAACAUGAAUGGCUUCAAUUCCUUCUACCCUGAUUACAUGAUGGGUCGUUAA